UUUGAUUUUGAGUGUUAAAUGUGUGAAUUUGUGGGUUGUUUGGGUGUUAUUGUGAUGUUUCUUGAUGGGGAUCCAGGUUUGUUUAAUUGUGUGCACCAGUGUGAAAGGUUUAAUCUUUUUAUGAUGCCUGCUUUAUUUGGUAAUUGUAAUGUUUUAGUGUUGGUUCUCUGUUCAUUUUUUUUGGUUUUUCUCUGUUUGGUUUGUGAUUAGAGAUUUGUUUAUGUUUAAAAGCAUCAGAAUUGAAAUCACUGUCAUUUUCAUGGCAUCACUAGUUGCAUUUUGUGGCUUUCUUUUACUGUAUGAAUGUAAUGACACCACCUACCAUCCCCACCCCCCAACACACACUCACACACACAAACACUCUUUCUACCUGCUCUUAGAUAAAUAAUUAUAAAAGUUGAUUCCUUUCUAUGGUAUGCAAGACUUUCUGAAAAGGUCUUUUGGUUAAUAUUUCAAUUUCUUAGGUCCUGGUAUCAGAAUAUUAUUUCUAUGUUUGGCAGAAAAAAAGAAUCAAGAAAGAAGAGGACUAAAUGGAGGAAGGAGGCAAUCUUAGAUGUUGGGAUGAACUGUUACCCGACGCACUUGGGCUAAUCUUUAAAAAUCUUUCGAUUCAAGAAGUGCUAACUGUUGUCCCAAGGGUUUGCAGAUCAUGGGGAAGAGCAGUCAUGGGGCCUUACUGCUGGCAAGAGAUUGAUAUUGAAGAAUGGAGUCGAUAUCAGCGGCCUGAAAACAUCGAUAGAAUGCUUCAAAUGCUUAUCAUACGAAGUUGUGGUUCACUGCGCAAACUCUGUGUUUCUGGCCUAUCCAGUGACCAGAUGUUUUCCUUCAUCGCAGCCCAUGCCAAGUCCCUACAGACUUUACGGACCUCAAGAAGUUCAAUAAGUGAUCCCAUUGUCAAACAAGUUGCUGGGCUGUUCUCUACAAUCACUUCCUUAGAUUUGAGUUACUGCAUAAAUAUCGGAGCUACAGGUCUAGAGGAAAUUGGGAAGCACUGUAAAUUCCUCAGUACAUUGCGACGUAUAAUGCAUCCACUUGAGGUGAUAGGAAAGAUCUCUCAAGAUGACGAGGCUCUAGCCAUUGCUGCCACAAUGCCUAAACUGAAGCACCUUGAGAUUGCCUAUCUACUUGUCAGUACACAAAGUGUAAUGGAGAUACUAACAAACUGUAGGCUGCUUGAAUUAUUGGAUGUUCGAGGAUGUUGGAACGUGAAUCUUGAUGAGAAAUACAUCAAAUCCUACCAAGGUUUAAAGGUGCUUGGACCCCUUGUCGUCGAUUAUUGUCAUGAGGUUAAUGGCUGGGAUGCUUGCUCUGAUUACUCUGGUUCUUCUGGAUAUUUGGCAUGGGAUUUCGUGGCUGGUGAUAUGGAUGAUUACUCCGACGAAACGGUAUCAGAUGGAUUUUCAGAAGACGAACAAAGUAUCGAGGAUGUGGAAAUGUGGUUCUACGACGGUCCUGAUGCCGAGGAUGCUGGAUAUGAUUGGCCUCAAUCCCCCUAAACUUUCUCUGUUUAAAGUGAUCAGAAGUUUUCAUCUAGAGUUCUGAGGUUCCUAUUACUAUAUAUAUCUGCAUUGAGCUGCUGUUUCCUGUUGGGAGGUAUGGAGAAUUCGACAAAUAAAUAAAACCAUCAUACAAAAUUUUCACAUAAUAUGAUCUGACUUCAUCUCUUUGAAACAAAUGCAACAUCAAGUUUCAAAAUCCUGUGGUCACAUCAUUCUGUAUGAGAAUUUUGUAAGAAGAGUUUGUAUGUAUGUUCAUUUUAUGUCAUCAACUUCUGCUUUCAAGUUUGAUAUGCUUCAAAGAUGUACAUAAUGGAGUUGUAACCUUUGUAUCUUGUAUCUUGCAAGUGCUUUGUAAUGAACAUCAAUAUUACAUACUGCAGUAAAAAACAAAUGGUUGAUUAAAAA